ACAACAGGUGUGGUCAGCUUAAAUCACAGCCGAGCUCUCUUCUCCUCGAACUGCGACAGACAUGGAAUGAUGACCUGUCUCUCCCAACAACAACAACACUUUGCAUAAAGAUUUCCAUAUAUUCCAUUCAUGUUGGGUGGGGGUCAUUUAGAUUUGUUCAGUCACUUGACUCCUUCAUUUCCAAACAAUCACAACCCUGUCUUCAGUCUGGCAGGAUCUUAUCUCUGUCUCCUUUCGUAGAGGACGAGGAGAUGGCGAUAAAGUGAGUUACUGCAUAUUUGAUUGUUGGGCCUUUACCAUUUUCAGCAGGCAAUAGCUUACAGCAGCCAUGUGGAAAACACCAAGGAGGUUUUCACUCACUGGUAGAUUGUGUUGCUUUCCCAAGGAUCCACUUGAGGAUGUUGAGACUUGGAGUGAGUCUGUGGACAAAGUCCUCAGUUGUAAAGCCGGACAGAUAGCUUUCCGGGAGUUCCUGAAGUCCGAGUACAGUGAGGAGAACAUACUGUUUUGGCUCGCCUGUGAGGAGUACAAAAAAAUCAAGACGGUCCCAGAGAUGAUCUCCUCUGCGAACAGGAUCUACUCAGAGUUUGUCCAAACAGAAGCGCCCAAACAGAUCAACAUAGAUUGCGGUACCAGAGAAAACAUAACAAAAAACAUCUCCCAGCCGACCCUGACUUCAUUUGAUACAGCGCAGAAGCUCAUCUACAGUCUGAUGGCCAGGGAUUGCUACCCGCGGUUCCUAAAAUCUGACAUCUAUCAGGGACUCCUGAGGAGAACCGAUUCAAGGUGACUGUUUUAAAACUGACAGCCUCUCAGAUGGAGGCUCGCAAAAUCUUCUCUCCAACUCUGAUCUGCUGUAGCACUCUUUGAUUUCAAGGUGGAUAACCGGUUCAUGCCAUGCAAUCCAGAUCCUAAGUGUAGCAGAAAUAGCUUUUCUCAACCUGUGUGAGUAGACAGUUACAGCUCAAGAGACUUUGUGGCUUGUAUUAUACUUUAUAUCUUUAAUUAUGUUAAGGUAAAAAGAGACUGUGCACAUAAUUCUUCUAUGAUUAUCUAUUUUCACCCCUCCACCCAAUAAGGUUAAUAAUAAAAAUAAUUCCUUUAUUGUAAAGUAUUAUCAACACUUUAUCUAAUUAAUUAUGCAAAUAUAAAUCCUAAUAUGCUCUGAGAAAUCCAACUUUCACAUGCAAAUAAAUGAGUGAGUGAGUGUAUUGUUAAA